CCCGAAAGCAACCAGUAACCCCAAGGACCUUUCCACUUGGCGUUUUGGUAGUCAACGAGUCCACCCAUAGUACGCAUAUAUGGAUGUCAUAAAAGCAGUACAGAAUUAUGUCAACAAGAUGAUUGACGAGGUGGCAGGCAUGAAAGUUCUUCUGCUGGACACGGAGACGACUCCUAUAGUAUCGCUUGUGGCAACACAAUCCAAUCUACUUACCAAAGAAUGUUAUCUUAUCGACCGUAUUGACAACAGAGACAGAGACACUAUGCGUCACUUGAAAUGCCUAUGCUUCCUGCGUCCAACAUCCGAAAGUUUGCAAUGGCUGAUAGCCGAGCUCAGAGAUCCAUGCUACGGCGACUAUUAUAUUUAUUUCAGCAACACGAUUAGGAAGUCCGAUGUGGAGCGGUUAGCGGAAGUGGAUGAACAUGAAGUCGUCAGAGAGAUACAGGAAUACUAUGGGGACUAUCUUGCCAUCAACUCUGAUCUAUUUUCACUUGGAAUGGAUCUUCCAGACUAUAGGCUGUUUGGCAAUGGCAUUAAAGACUGGGAUGGCUAUACAUUUGAUCGAUCUGUACAAGGCAUUAUAGCAGCGCUAUUGAGUCUAAAGAAGAAGCCUAUCAUAAGAUAUGAAAGUGUCAGUUCAAUGGGUAAAAGGCUUGCACAAGAGAUCCAGUAUCAGAUACAGCAAGAAGGACAACUGUUUGACUUCCGCAAAACCGACACUCCUCCAGUAUUGUUGAUUUUGGAUCGAAGAAAUGACCCCGUAACACCACUCUUAUCACAGUGGACGUAUCAAGCUAUGGUCCAUGGCAUGAUUGGGAUUCAGAAUGGCAGAGUUGACCUUUCCAAUGUGCCUGAUAUAAAGAAGGAGUUGAAGGAAAUUGUACUUUCACCAGACCAGGACCCAUUCUUCAAAAAAUCCAUGUACCUCAACCUAGGCGAUCUAGGCGCAAAUAUCAAGUCAUACGUAGACGAAUAUCAAGUGAAGACUAAAUCCAAUAUGAAUAUAGAAUCUAUUGCGGAUAUGAAGCGAUUUGUAGAAGAGUAUCCAGAAUUCCGAAAGCUAUCUGGCAAUGUAUCCAAGCAUGUAGCUUUAGUCAGCGAACUGAGUCGUCGAGUUGCCCAAGAAAAGCUUUUAGAAGUCAGUGAACUUGAACAAGGUCUUGCUUGCAAUGAGAACCACAACAAUGACUUGAAGAAUAUCCAAACGCUGAUUGCAGAUGAUAAUGUGACGGAAGAAGCAAAGGUUGUCUUGGUACUGUUGUAUGCACUGCGCUAUGAGAAAGCACCCAACAACAGCAUCAAAACAUUGGUAGAUUUGUUGGAUCGAUAUGGUGUCAGUGAACACGCGAGCUCGCUUGUUCCGGCCAUUCUUUUGUACGCUGGACAUGGUAAUCGUCAGGGUGACCUUUUCUCGAACCAAAGUUUCUUAUCUCGCGGCCGCAGCGCAUUCAAGGGCUUGAAAGGUGUCGAGAAUGUGUAUACACAGCAUACACCUCAUAUGGGAGAAACAAUUGAUCUGAUGUUGAAAGGCAGACUCAAAGAUACCACUCACCCAUAUGUAGAUGGAACAACCAUACCACCAACAGGUACUAGUCGUGAUCGGCCACAAGAUAUCAUCAUCUUCUUUAUUGGCGGUGCAACCUAUGAAGAAGCGAGGUAUGUGGCACAACUCAAUGCGUCGACCCCUGGCGUUCGAAUUGUUUUAGGAGGCACCACCGUUCAUAAUACCCACAGCUUCCUCGGACUUGUUAAUGAAGUUGGACAGAGGUUCCUCCGGUCAUAAUCCCAACCGCCGCAGUAAAACUAUCGCUAUAAGCGCGUCACAUAAUAACUCCGCCUGCUACAUAAAAAAAAAAAAAUGUUCCAAAUAAAAAGAAAAAAUCAAAGCAACUCGCUGA